ACUACGAGUUAGUGUUGAUAUUUUUUUUUAUACUUUCUGAUUUGAUUCUGUUACUUUGAAAGAUGAAGAUGAAAAGAAAGAGAGAAAAAUUAAGAGGAGAAAUGAAAGAAAGAGAAAAAGAAAGAGAAAGCGCCAAAAAGAUGAUGAAGAUAAACAAUAAUAAUAAUUUUCCAAAUAGAAAACAAUGUUAACUGUUUUCUUUUUUUUUUCUUUCUUCUAAUUUUUGAUUAUCAACCAAUUGUGAAAUAUUUUGGUUCCUUUUCCUCUCUCACUCUAUCCUUCUCUCCCUGUAUUCUUGGCAAUGAUUGUAAUUACUGAUUCCAUUAAUUGUGUUAAUUAUGGAUCAACUUUCAAGCCUUUUUGGACUUUGUCAACAACCAUCACAACAACAACAACAACAACAAUCAUCAACAUCAACAUCAACCAAUGAUAAAUUUAAUAUAUUUGUUGAUGAUUCUGCUGCUUUUAUAUCCACCUCACCAUCAUCAUUAUCUAAAUUGUCACCAUCAACUAUACCAACAACAUCAGCAGUAACAACAAUAUUUGGAUCGCAAACAAUUAAUACAUGUCCAUCAUCAUCGUCACCGACAACAAUUAAUUUAUGGGAUUUAACAACAAACCGGAAUGAAAUUUAUCCAGGUGAAGUGUCAAUAUCAUCAACAACAACAACAACAACCACAACACCGCCACCACCACCUCCCUCUACAAUUAAUAGUAACAAUUUACCUUCUCCAGCAAUUAAACUAACCAGUAAAAGUUGUAAAUUAUCAUCAUCAAAAAAACCUAAAUCUGCUCUGCACAUAAACACAACUCCAACAAUUACAACAAGUAUAAUUGUUAAACCAAUUCUUAAAUCAUCUUCAUCACUAUUAUCCUCUCAUCACUCAUCUCGCCAUAAACGAUGUUCAUCUUUGGGUCAAUCAAUUCGUUACAUUGAUGAAACCACUCCAAGUAACUCAUUUUCCCCCUUCUAUCAUCUUCAUCAUCAUCACCCUCCAUCAGGCUCACCUUUAGCCUCAUUGACCUGCCCUUCAACGCCAAAUGCAUAUACCACCAAUGUGCCCAUUCAAUCAGCUUUUCCAGCCUUCACAGGGAUGCAGUUAUCCACGUCUACACCUGAUCAACACCAACCAUCAACACCUUUAUCAGCAAUAACUAAUGGACGUUGUGUUAAUUGUGGCUCAUCAUUUUCUCAAUUCAAUGAGAGCGACAAUGAAAACAAUUCAAAUUCAACUGCGAAAUCAGCAUCAACCCAAAUCGAUUCUGGUUCAAUUUCUGGUCAACUAUGGACUUACCAACGAUCGAUGAUAACUCCAUCAUCAUCACCAACAACUUAUCCUCUAGAUCCAUCAACCUGUGAUCACUUGAUUCAUCCCAAUAAUCAACGUAAUCAAUCAAGACAAUCCAAUCAACAUUCUAGUCACUAUCAUCAAAAUCGAUCUUCAAACAAUUUAGAUUCAAAUGCUUCUUUACUUCCGACUUUAGCUUCCGUUGAAUCUGCAACCCAACAAUUUAAUCCAACCGAUUCCACCAACAACAAUCCAGCAUCUCAUCAAAAUCACAACCAUUUACAUAAUAAAUCUUUCAGAUCAUAUCAUCAUCCACAUCAUCAUCAUCACCAUCACCAUGAAACAUUAGAUCGUCAAAGCCUUUACUCAAUUCAUAUGGAAAAAGAUUUCAGAUACUUUUUCCAACAUCCUUAUGCCCGUUUACUGGUUGCCUAUUCAGUGAUCGCUUGUAAUUUUCUGAUCUUUGCCGAAGAUCCAAUCAGCCAUUCACAUACCGAAUGUGGCCUGCCCAUAGUGGGGAACGUGGUUUCCUUUGUAUUUACCAGAUAUCCACCGGAAACACCAUGGAAAGUGAUCAAAGUGAUCUGUUGGUUAACCGCUCUUGUAGUCGGUAUGGUAACUGGUAAAUAUUUGGUCCAUCACAUUUUACUCAGGCGCAUUUUAAGGUUGAAAAUGUUUCGAGACGAAGAGGGAACCUGGAUGAUCAUGAUAUUGGUCACUUUUAUUUGUACUUACCUGUUUUCCCUUGGAUAUAAUUUACUAUUACUCUCUGCCCACCCUACACCAAAACCCUACCUUAUUACCACCCUGAUGGGUGUAACUAAUUCCAGUUUCAUGAAAGCCGCUGCUUGUGGUACCUGGUUGGGUGAUUUUUUCACCGCCUGGAUGGUCACCGAUAUGAUGUUACAAGAUGAACUUUACCCUGGUUGGGCUAAGGGUUUAAGGUCAUUUCUAAUGAGACAUGGACACAUCCGAAUCAUCAUAUUCUGGACUGGAUCAAUCGGUGUCUCCUCCCUGGUUAUUUAUAUGAUCUCAUCGGAUGAGAUUAGUUGGGAUAAUUUAAAUCACAAUUAUGUUAACACAACUGAAUUAACUCGAGCCUUUCUUGCCUCAAUGAUUCUAGUUAUGGAUCUACUUGUAGUCAUGCAGGAUUGGGACUUUCCUCAUUUCGUUUGUGACAUGGACAUUAAAUUACCUGGACUCAAACAAGCUUCCUAUUCAUUUAAGAUAUUCACAAUCAAGAAAACACUCAGUUUACCUGAGACAUUUGUCUUCCAUAUCACAGGAAAAUGGUUCAAUUAUGGUAUUAUUAUUGUGGUGAUGAUGUUGGAUUUGAACAUGUGGAAGAAUCAAAUCAUUUAUUAUCCUCCCGAUUUCGGUCAAUACACUGGACCAGAUAUGAGGGUUUAUACAGUUGCCGAUGAGUCGAUUCUGUCGACGGGAAACUCGUCCCUUUGGACUUAUUCCGUUCGAACCUCGACUUAUAGUGAAUUAACCAAUCGAUCUUUAAUGGAAGGUGAUCUGGUCGUUAAUUCCCGUUACUUGAAUUAUUCCAUUUAUGUUAAAAGUUUAGCUUUUCUUCCAUGUGCCGCAGGUUUUGUCCUAUUUUUUACUCUCAUCUACCAAUAUGGUCGUUUUCCACCCAAAACUGAUGCUUCUCAUGGCGGUAGACUGAAAAAACGUAAAUCAACCUCAAGUUGGCGACGAGAGAGACGUGAUUCGAGGCAUGGAUACAUUUCCUGGAAGGGAAUCACAACCUAUGAAGAAGAAGCGACAUCUUUGCAUCGACAAUUAGAAGAGAACAGUAAUGUUUGAUUGUUACGGUGAUUCCAUACGUGCGAUUAAAUUAUAAUUCAAUUGAAAAUGAAGGACAGAAAAGGAAAGGAAAAUGUCAUCUUCAACAUUACCAAUCAAUCGUUAGAUGAAAUCAAGAACAACAACUUCUAAUGAUCCAGUUCACUUGAUCAGUCUUUCUGAUUAUCGAUCAGAAAUUAACUCAAUUGUGAUACCUUCUUUUUUUGACUCUCUCAUUUUGCUAUUCAAAUCACUUGUUAAUCAUUAAUCAUUAUCACCAACCUAUUCUUGAAUACAUGUUCUAAUUGUUAAGCUCAUCUCUCUCUCUCUCUCUCUUCCCGUGUCAAUUUCAUAUUGAAAUUUAGGCUUAAUUGCUAUAAAACUUUCGUUAGAAGCCAAACUUUCACUAAUCACAGUAAUCAAAAGGAGAUAAUUAGUAAAUUAUUAGUUAUUAUCAACUAGUUACUAAGUUUAUGCUAAUCAAAAGGAGAGGAGUAAAGAUGAAUCAAAUCAUUAAUUGUUAUCGUUUAUCAUUAAUCAUCAGGACUAAUUACUAUUAAUUAUCUCAAUGAUUAAAAAAUGGAGCAGAUUUAUUAAGAAAGAGAUGCAAAGAUAUGAGAAUAUUAUAUUAACCUUGACAAUUAACUAACAAUCUGUGCAGGUGAUGAAACAGUAAUUUGAUUGCAACAAUCAAAUCAAGACGAUUAUCCUUUGAUUACUGUUCAAACAGAAAGACACAUUUAAACUGUCACAUUUUCCAUACAACUGUAUGAUAAUUAAUCAUCAUAAUUUGAUUGAUUGAUUGAACUAAUUAAUUGAUUACUAUCAACCAAGCAUUAAACGUUGGUUGGUAUUUUUAAAUUUUCAAUUUUAUGGACUUGAAUAUCACAAUCAAAAUUAUGAUCAAAAGCCAACAUGAAAUCAGUAACAAUCAACAUUUAAAGUCUUUGACAAUGGAAUCAUUAAUUUCAAUUAAGCCAUCUUAUCAUAUUGUCAAUGUUAUUACUUAACUAAUUACUAAUUGUUAUUAAUUUUGUACUGAACAAAAUAAACGCAGAAAAAUCGUAAAAUCAUCAGAAUUGUCAAACAAUCAACUAACCAAAUUUUCAACUAAAAGAUAUUCAAAUAAAAUCUUACAAUUGUUAAUAAUCUUUGGUAAUUUUAAGCAAAUUGAUAGUUUGAUGAUUAUUGUACUGAAUCGAUCACAAAUCAUCGUAAACUGGAUCAGUUCAUGGAUAAGAUCACACUUGUUAUGUUCGAUAGUUUUUUCAAAUUGUUUUUCGAAGACUGCCUGAUCGUAGACAUGAUUUAGCAUCCAUAAAUCACGAAAAGUAUGUGAAUCAGUCCAACUAUUAUUCGCACUUGUUGUACCAUUGAUCGUCAUUACACAGAUUCAUGCAAAGUAUACAGCCAAAGACUUUGAGUUUGCAACCACUUUUUAAAUCAUCCACGAAGUCAAUGAUAUGCAAAUAAAGAUAACUUUUGAUAUCUAAUCAGUUGACCAUUUCAAGACUACACCACUUAAAUUAGUGGACAGACUUAUCAUCAUAUCUUUGGGUUAACUGUAUCUCUCAUUGAUUAUAUUCAACUGCGUGAAUGAUUUAGAAAGUGGUUGCAAACUCAAAGUCUUUGGCUGUACAUCGUUAACCAUAGAGAAUUCAUUUUUCGACAAAAACUCGAUAUAAAAAGACAUGAAGCUUGAAUAGUUUAGCAGCCUUGCUCUUCACCUCCAUCACCUAAUGAACCUGAAAAUCACCGAGCUGGUCCAAGAGGGAAAGACUGAUCUGGUCUGAGAAUCAGGUGAAUCUGGUGCUGAUGAAAAUACCUGUGAUAGGUGAAGGAUCCACACUCAAUGUUGACUUUCUAAAAUCGAAACUUUCGAAGUUCUCUCUUUUUGAUUAGCAUAAAAUUAGUAACGGUAGUUGGGUUUGAUAAAGUAUCAUUCCUAAGAAAUAAAUUGCCUAGUAAUUUUUUAUUACAUACAUAUUUCGCCAGUUGUUUCAAAAUUGUUGUAAUAACUGGGUUCGAGCAUCAUCUAAGCUUUCAACAGGCUCGAAGUUGAAAACAUUGGUAGUUUUUGGUGCCUCUCAAUACUUCAUGGAUACUUUUAGUUCACCCAAAAAUCUCGGACAUUUGUUUUGUUCUUCUGUUAAUCUUGACCCAUGUAAACAUAAACUUGGAUUACCAUGUUUACGUGCAAAUAACAUCAGUGCUUAUCAACGAGAGCAACUCGCCUUUAAGCCCAUGUUGAUACCUUGUUAGAGGCUCUGUUCUC